CGUGCGUGUUCCAUUAAUAUUGCACGAAAGGGUUACUUCUCAUCAGUAAUCAUGAAAUGACAUUGAUCACUUGAUCACUUCGUUGCUCGAGUCCUACGGUAGUCAUGGUGAACACCGUUCUAGUGACACGGUUUUACUCCCCCGGUUGCUGGUUCGAACUGUUGAACAUCUUUUACACCGCUGCAAUUGCCAACAGCCAGCACGCUUCUCUAGUUCGUCGUUGGCGCUGACGAACGACGACACCCACACUCUUUUUUAACGUCUCGUUCUCUUAUUGGUACUGCAUAUCUUACUUUUUUUAUACAGGAUGCAACACGUCUCUGUCCGACAUCGCGCGAUUCCCGACAGGGCGCUCGACAAGCGCAAUGCCUCUCUUGUUAGCUUGCCCAUCCCGCCACCAUCUGUCACGAUAUCGAUACUUUCUCCCCUGAUAUCCAUUACCGGUGAAGAUGACGGUGGGGGCUCUUCAGUAAUGGGUGUUAGUUUUCUACCAACAAGCCCAUUGCCAGUAUUUUUUGCAUCCAAAACUAUCAGUUUAAGCGCAUGGAUUAGCGGUGAAACCGAAAUCAGUAGCGGAGGUGGGAGUGGGGGUGGAAGUAGCGACGGAGGUGGAAGUGGGGGUGGAAGUAGCAAAGGAGGUGGGAGUGGGGGUGGAGGUAGUAACGGAGGUGGGGGUGGAAGUGGAAGUGGAAGUGGAGGUAACAGUAGCAGUGGCGGUGGGACUGUAACCGAAACCGGCACCGACACCAACACCGAAACUUAUGGUGGAACUGGAGCUGGAGCCGGAAACGGGGGAGGGAGUGGAAGUGGGAGUGGGAGUGGGAGUGGAAGUGGAGGCGGCAACGGUGAGAACAGCCCCGAGGGAAGUAGCAGCACAGCGACCUCCACGCCUACACCAUCACUGGCAGCUUCACCAAGCUCCCCUUCCUCUCCGGGAGGUACACCAGCCUUCAUCAACAAUGGUACCGGUAGCCAGCUCAAAUCUAACGGUAGCGGAGGGCCGCUCGUGAACGUCCAAGGCACUCCGGUAGUUCAGUCUUCAUUUUCGACGCACAACCCCCAAAUAACGGGCAAUACCAAGAUGUCUCAGUCCACGAGUGCACCAACCGCCGGCCUCCGAGGCUCGAGUACAUCUAGUGGUGUCGGAAGCUCCCCGAGUGACGCUACUCCUACUCUUACUGCGACUUCUUCGCACCAGCUGUCCUCAGGCGCAAUUGGAGGAAUCAUUGUCGUAUGCGUUCUAUUCCUGAUCGGUUUCAUCGUGCUCCUCGUGCGGCGUCGCUCCAUUGCUCGCCGUCUCCAGCGCCGCCAACAAUGGCGGUUCGGCGGAAAUACCUUGCCAGGUAGUUUAUCUGUCGUAGGAGGCUGUGUGCGAGACCCUCAAAGUGGGGAGCAACCUACCCAAAACAGGGCGAGUGCUCGCAGCAGCUUUGCUACCAACUUUGAUCAAGGACUCAUGUUCCGCAUUGACUCCCCGAUAUCAUCCCCCAAUGUUGAUCUCGCCGCACUCGGCACCACUCCCGAGCUCCCUCCCAUGGCGGAAGUGCGCGAACGCGCCUCGCUCUUGUUCCCCUCUGCUGGUGCUGUUUCUCGUAGGGAGUCCAUGAAUAGCAUGAUGAGUUUCGGGAGCGACCCUGACACUCAGUACCUCAUUGUGGGAAAUGAUCUCAAUCCUCCCGGAUCAUCUAGUCCCAUGUCCGUCCGUCCGUUUUCUCCGUCAGAAUCCUUCGCGUUUCCUAGGCCACCACCCCCUUGCCCCAAACAGGCGAAGUGUGCUUCGUCCGUUUCUGUUGGUCACGACCUCGUUGCCCCUUUGUCAUCCGCUGCUACUCUCGUCCAGAUUCACUCUCCUCCUGCCAUAUUCAAUUCUGACUUACUGCCCUCUGCUCCCGCUUCCUCCUACCUGCUAUCACCACCCAGCAGUUCGUUGACAACUAUUCCUGCCACAUCUCCUAACCCUUUUGCUGAUCCUGCGAAACCCGAAUUCGAGAUCAUCCAUCGCCCAUUCGCACCUACCCUAGACGAUGAAGUCUCCGUCGUCCCGGGCGAUCAAGUCCUCGUUUUGAAGGUCUUCGACGAUGGCUGGGCGUUCGUCGAGAAGCAGUGCGGAUUCUUGGAUGAUAGCGAGAGGGGUCUCAUUCCCGUGGACUGCUUGCGCGAAGCCGGUCAGGCCCUCCCAGUAUUCCUAUCUCAAAAGCGGGUAAGCGGGUACCAAGCUGAUAUAAAUCAACUGGCCCAAAUGUUGAAGGGCACCUCCAAUUGACAAGCACGUAAUUGCAUAAUUGGAGAUUUAUGAUAUCCAUCAUUGAUCGCGUGUCAAUCUCAAGUUUCUUGCAUUGUUAAAAUCCAUACAUUCCUGAUUCGUCGUCUCGUUUUCUCUGCUCC